AUGGAGAAGAGGGACAGGAAGCCGGGAUAUUUUGCCAGGCUAAAGAGGCGGAGACAGCUGAAGCAGAGCCAGUCGGAGAAAACCGCCAACGAGCUCAGCGCCUCGGUCAUCGCCUGCGCGGACGUCCCGAAAGACUGCGAACCCAACAACAAAUCCGGGUUGCCAAGAACAACAACCGUUUCAGGUACAGGCCCUGACGGCUGUAAAACUAAUAACCCGCCAAAGAGGGAGAAAAGGAGACCACCAGGGACAGUGGAAUUUAUUGUGGGACCGACCGAUUCCCUCAACAGCAUCGCCCUCAACUUCAACAUCACCCCGAAUAAGCUGGUGCAGCUGAACAAGCUCUUCAGUCAAAGUGUCUACCCCGGUCAGAAGUUGUUUGUCCCUGACGUAACCCGGACGGAAGGCAAGUCUCAGACAUCCGCCGAACCGUCCCUCAAGAAUGGGCUCUCUGUGGAGACAAUGCAUGACGCCAGUCCCAACUGUUGUUCGGCGCGGUCUAUCCGACGUCAGCUCUCCCCGAAUUCGGAAGACGAGAGCCCGGCGACGGUGAAGUUCAUCAAGAUGAGUUGCAAGUACUUCACCGAUGGAAUGGGAGUUGUCGGCGGCGUCCUGAUCGUGACGCCCAACAAUAUCAUGUUCGACCCCCACAAGUCAGACCCCCUUGUCAUCGAGCACGGUUGUGAGGAGUACGGCCUCAUCUGCCCCAUGGAGGAGGUGGUUUCCGUGGCACUUUAUGACGACGUUUCACGCAUGAAGUUGAAAGACGCGCUACCAUCCGACCUACCCCGGGAUCUGUGUCCUGUCUACAGGCCCGGCGAGUGGGAGCAGCUGCCCUCAGAGCGGGAUCUGAACCCCUUCAGUCGCUACCAAUCGCUGGAUGCUAAGCAGCCUAUCAUCUUGGAUGACCUGGAGUCGGCUCUCUCUGAAACAGUCAGUACGGAAGGAGAACAGACCGACAAAUCUCCAUCAGAUGAAGGCUUCACCGAAUUGGAGCCUACAAUCAACGGGAGCACUGAAGAAUCGGAAGCAACACCCUUAAAAACUCCUGAAAUCACCCAAAGAUCCCAAAGCGAAGAGGACGCACAGGACAAGCCGCUUCUUCGCAAAAUUAAAGGGAAACUAGAUGACGACGAGGAUGAAGGAUUAGCCCAGAAUAGCUCAGUUGAAGAGGGAGAGUCCAUUCAGUCCUCGCUAGAGAACACAACCAAAGAGGAGACUUCAAAAAUUUCGAUGGAGGGCGAGAAAGCAACGCCGGAGAUUCCUGAGGAUCCUCCGAGAACAUUGAGACCGGAGGAAUUCAGCGAGCAGGACAAACGGAGAAAGAGCUACGACGCCGAGGUCAAAUCGUGGUUGAUGGAAAGGAUUCAGGCUCCGAUCGAAGACAUGCUUUUGUCCUCUGAAGAGAAGAGCAAGAACCCACCCAUGUUCCUGUGCUUCAAAGUGGGAAAACCCAUGAGGAAGUCAUUCGCCACGGGGAUGACGUCCAGCCCAGCGUACUCCUUCGGUAGCUUGGGAAAGCAACCAGAAUACUGGUUUGCUGUACCGCAGGAGAGAGUGGACCACUUGUACGCCUUCUUUGUCCAAUGGUCUCCCGACGUUUACGGCAAGGAAGCGAGGGAGCAAGGCUUCGUCGUGGUGGAGAAGGACGAGCUAGACAUGAUCGAUAAUUUCUUCGGCGACCCUGCUUCGUGUAGUUGGGAGAUCAUAACCAUCGACGAGGCUAAGCGGAGGCAGAGUUUCGGCAGCUGCGACGGCGAACUCGCUGCGGACGGCUUGCCGUUGAUGAGCGACGCUAGCUAUCUAUUGCAGGACACACAUUUAGAGAAGCUGGCCUGUCGCUUGCCGGCCCGGGUUCAGGGUUACCCGUGGCGGCUAGUCUACAGCACUGUAAAACACGGCACUAGCCUCAAGACGCUCUACCGGAAUCUGCUUGAUGUGGAUAAUCCGGUUCUGCUGGUCAUCAAAGACCUGGAUAAUCAGAUCUUUGGGGCGUUCUCCACUCAUCCCUUCAGAAUAAGCGAACAUUGCUACGGCACUGGCGAGACGUUCCUCUAUAGCUUCUGUCCUGAAAUCCAGGUGUACCGUUGGACAGGAGAGAACUCGUAUUUUGUCAAAGGCAAUAUUGACUCAUUGCAGAUGGGAGGAGGAGGCGGUCAUCUGGGUCUCUGGCUGGAUGCCGAGCUGUACCGAGGCACCACCACUAAAUGCGCCACCUUCAACAACCAGCCCCUCUCCUCUCAGCAGGACUUCAACAUCCACAGUCUGGAGGUGUGGACCUUCGAGUAG